GCACAUGUCGGACCGCAUGGUCAUCUACUUCUUCAUUGCGGCCUCCUACGCGCCCUGGCUGAACCUCCGCGAGCUGGGCCCCUGGGCCUCCCACAUGCGGUGGCUGGUGUGGAUCAUGGCCUCGGUCGGCACCGUCUAUGUCUUCUUCUUCCAUGAGCGGUACAAGCUGGUGGAGCUGCUCUGCUAUGUCGUCAUGGGCUUCUUCCCCGCCCUGGUCGUCCUUUCCAUGGACGCGGCCUCUUCCCUGCCGCUGGCCGGAGCCCUGGGCGCUCAUCGGUGAAGACGGGCCCAUCAUGUUCUAUGGGACCCACUUCAUCAUGUCCCCACCCGCCAAGAGCAAGCUGAAGCGGCAGGGCCAGCUGCUGUCCAGCGUGCUGUCCCGGACCCUGAGCUACAAGUACCGCGACCUGGACGCCCCCUGCUCGGGCCUGGGCGCCAGCGAUGACCCCGCCGAGCUGUCCACGCAGCUCUCGGCCCCCGGGGUCCUGAAGGUGUUCGGGGACAGCGUGUGCUCGGGCACCCACUACAAGAGUGUCCUGGCCACCGGCACGUCCAGCGCCCGGGAGCUGGUGAGGGAGGCCCUGGAGCGCUACGCGCUGAGCCCUGAGCGCGCCGCCCAGUACGUGCUGUGUGACGUGGUGGGCCAGGCCGGCGGCGGGCACGCGUGGCAGGCCCAGGGCUUCCGGGUGUUUGGCGACAACGAGAAGCCCCUCCUGAUCCAGGAGCUAUGGAAGCCCCGAGAAGGCUUGUCCCGGAGGUUUGAGCUGAGGAAGAGGUCGGAGGUGGAGGAGCUGGCCGCCAAGGACGUGGACACCAUGACGGCAGGGAUCAACGCCCAAGCCCGGAGGCUGCAGCGGAGCCGCGCCAAGGGAACCCCAGCCCCAGCCGCAGGGGGUUCCCGGAGCCCUCCUCCAGCCCGGCUGCGCCGCACGGUCAGCGAGACCAGCCUGAGCUCGGCCGCCGCCCCGCCUGCCGCUGCCCGGGGCCCCGAGGAGCCUGCCCAGGACACCAUGCGCUGCUCCCUCUAUGAGUCGCCCCACCUGCUGCUCCUGCAGGGUUACAGCCAGCAGCACGACAGCCUGGUGUACGUGCUCAACCAGGAGCGGCACACGGUGGGCCAGAGGACCCCAUCCAGCAAGCCCAGCAUCAGCCUCUCGGCCCCGGACAUCCUGCCCCUGCACUGCACUCUGCGUCAGCUCCAGCCCUCGGGCCCGGGCCCGGCGGGGGCCCGGCUGGUGCUGGAGCCGCUGCCCGGGGCGCCCGUCUCGGUCAACUUCGCGGAGGUGGGGGCCCGCCCGGUGGUGCUGCGGCACGGAGACCUGCUGUCCCUGGGCCUCCACUACCUGCUGCUGUUCAAAGACCCGGCGCAGGCCCGCCCGCUGCCCGCCCAGGCCCUGGCCCGCCUCCGGGCCGCGCCGCAGAGCUGCCGGCUGUGCGGCGCCCCGCUCCGGGCCCGCAGCGCGCCCGCCCCGCCCCGGCCGCGGCCGCUGCAGCUGGAGUUCGAGCCUGACGUCGAGGACGCGCUGCUGCAGCGGAUCAUGACGCUGGUGGAGCCGGGCGGCGCUGACCCUGCGCUGACCCCCGCCUUCCUGCUCUGCGUCUGCGUCCAGCACUCGGCCACUCGCCUAGAGCCGGGCUCCUUCGGGCAGCUGCUGCUCAAGAUAGCCCGGCUGAUCCGCGAGACCGUCUGGGAGAAAACCAAAGAACUGGCAGAGAAGCAGGCGCUCCUCCCCGAGCCGCCGUCCGCGGCCAGCUGCUCCCUGGCCGGCCUGGCGCCCGACCUGCAGCACAUCCUCUUCUGGAUGGCCAACGCGGUGGAGCUCCUCUACUUCGUCCAGCAGAGGUGCCCGCUCUACAUGCAGAGCCUGGAGGAGGAGCUCGACAUCACAGGCUCCAAGGAGUCCCUGUUCUCCUGCGCCCUCACGGCCAGCGAGGAGGCCAUGGCGGUGCUGGAGGAGGUGGUCCUCUACGCCUUCCAGCAGUGCGUCUACUACGUCUCCAAGUCCCUGUACGUCUGCCUCCCGGCCCUGCUGGAGUGCCCCCCGUUCCAGUCGGAGUGCCGGGAGAGCUGGAGCUCGGGCCCCCCGCUGCCCGAGGAGCUGCGCCGCGUGGUGGCCGUCUACCAGGCCGCCCUGGACCUGCUGCGGCGGCUGCAGGUGCACCCCGAGAUCGCCGCGCAGGUGCUGGCCUACCUCUUCUUCUUCUCGGGCACGCUGCUGCUCAACCAGCUGCUGGACAAGGGCCCCUCUUUGAGCUGCUUCCACUGGCCCAGGGGCGUCCAGGCCUGUGCCCGCCUGCAGCAGCUCCUGGAGUGGACCAGGAGCGCCGGCUUCGGAGAGGCGGGGGAGCACUUCUUCCGGAAGCUUUCCUGCACGCUCAACCUGCUGGCCACGCCCAGUGCCCAGCUCAUCCAGAUGAGCUGGGCGAGCCUGCGGGCCGCCUUCCCCGCCCUCAGCCCCGCGCAGCUGCACCGGCUGCUGACCCAGUACCAGCUGGCCUCGGCCAUGGGCCCCAUGAGCGCCUGGGAGCCGGGCGCCCAGGACGGCACCGCCGCCUUCAAGUCAGAGGAGGUCCUGGAGUCCUACGAGAACCCCCCGCCCAUCGUCCUGCCGAGCGAGGGCUUCCAGGUGGACCUGGACGCAGAGUGCCCGGACGAGCGCGUCUACCAGCACCUUCUCUAUAUCCGCCACUUCUUGUGCAGCUUGCAGAGCCAGCCUGGCCCCAGCGGAGCGCCCGCCCGGCCUGAGGGCCUCCAGGGCCUGCACCACGCCGGUCCCGAGGGCCACCCUGAGGCCCAGAGCUUCCCGCCGGCUUCCAGGGACCCCAGCGGGGGAGACCGAGAGGCUGGCCUGGAGCACCCCCUACCUCCCGUGGGGGGUCCCCGGGCACAGGGCCCCCCAGGAAGGCCGCCUGGCCGCCCGAGCCGCGGGGGCCCCCAGGCCGCGGACCCGCACGGGGACCCCUCAUGCCUGCUCACACCCCCAGGCACGCCGCUCGGCCUGGAGCCCGCGGCCCCCGACUGGCCCGAAGGCGGCAGCGCCUGUGGGAGGGUGCUCCCGGAAGGCCGGAGGACGGGGUCUGGCGGCCCGCGGGGCACCUCCCGGGAAGGAGACUGUGCGGCCCCGGAGGAUGAGCCCCCUCCGGCCCCGUCCAGCCGCAGCUCCAGCACCGACGACUUCUGCUACAUGUUCGUGGUGGAGCUGGAGCGCGGCCCCUCGGGUCUCGGCAUGGGCCUCAUCGACGGGAUGCACACGCCCCUGGGCGCCCCUGGACUCUACAUCCAGACCCUGCUCCCGGGCAGCCCCGCCGCAGCUGAUGGGCGGCUGGCGCUGGGAGACCGCAUUCUGGAGGUGAACGGCAGCAGCCUGGCAGGCGUCAGCUACCCGAGGGCGGUGGAUCUGAUCCGACACGGAGGCAAGAUUAUGCGGUUUCUGGUUGCCAAGUCUGACAUGGAGACGGCCAGAAAGGUCCGCUUCCGCACGCCGCCCCCCUAGGCACCCUGCGCGGUGGGCCGCCCGCCUGCACUGGGCCCCGCGCGCAUGUCUUGGCCAAGCUGUUCCUUGCGGGUGCGCCCCCUGCAGGACACCCGCAGUCCCUUCGUGUAUGUUUUAUUUAUAUGACAGAUAACAGUUGUGAUGUUUGUUACAGAGCUUUUGUGUUUGAAGAUUUUAAUGGAAAAAUAUAGAUUCAAUAAACUAUCUUUCAUAUUUCA